AAACCUCUUUGUUAGGUUCAGCUACUACAUUUCCCGAAGUUCCCUUGUGAGUGGCCGCUCUGCUGGAUGACAGCUAUCCGGCGCCGAAACGCCGAUUGACACUCAGACGAAAGAGCCAUGGCGGCCACGGGUGGAGGGAAAAUUAGAAGCAGGAGAUAUCACAUCGCCUCUAAACCUUACGCCAAGAGUAAACAGCAGCAGUCAGGCCUCAUCAGUCGAGUGACAGACACAGUAAAGAGCAUCGUUCCCUCCUGGCUGCAGAAAUACUUCAAGAAUGGAGACGCUCCUGAAGGAGGAGGGGCUUUACCGGGGACAGACCAGAACUGCCAGCCGCCUCCUCCUAAUGGAAGUGAAGAGGGACCUCCUCCGCUUGAUGGACGUGACUCCCCAGAGCCAAGCACCAGUAACACAGAGCCCUCAACCAGCCGGGCAUCCUUAAACUUUCAGGAGUGUGUGCUUUCUCGACCUCCUCUGAGUCGUUCCCACCUCCACUUUCCGCCGCUGGAUGCCUCCUUCCCAACUGUGGGGGCUUCCACCAGCCUCUUCUCCCAACCCUCCACCUCCUCAACCCCUGGACCCUUUUCCACGGGCUUCUCCUUGGUCAAAGAAAUCAAGGACAACCUCUCGCAGCACGAAGAUGAUAACAUCUCCACCACUAGCGGCUUCUCCUCCCGCGCCUCUGACAAAGAUGUCCCAACUUCCAAAGCAGCAUCACUCCCCCAACUUUGGUCUCCAGAGACAGACAGAACACAUUCUGGACCUCAGCCUGCGCAGUCGAGUCUGAAAAGGCCUGCUUUCAACCUGUCUGUAUUUGGAACUUCCUCCAAUUCGACCUUUAACAACACAAUGCUAAACUCCAGCCAGCUUGGAGAUUCACCCUUCUACCCCGGAAAGACCAUGUACGGUGGGGCAGCCGCAGUAAGGAGCUCUCGCGCUCGUCCUGGAACACCGUACCAGGCCCCAGUGAGGAGACAGAUCAAGGCCAAGCCUGCUGGUGCUCAGCCCUGUGGGGUGACCAGCGCCACAGCCAGACGCAUCCUGCAGUCCUUGGAGCGCAUGUCGAGCCCGUUGGCUGAUGCCAGGAGAAUCCCAGCAGCAGCCUCAUCCCCUCUGUCAGCCUCAAUGGAUGGCACAAAUCUAGAUCUUUCACCUUUCCAGUCGAAAAAGAAACGGAUGGAUUCUACCCUCCCUCCGGUGCAGAAGCUGGUGGUUCCUGCUGCAGCGUCUGUGUCAGGAAACCGCUCCGUGUCCUUCAGGCCUACUUUGACUCCUGGAGGAGUCAGCCGGACUCUGGACAGGACCCCAAGAGACACGACCACAAGACAAUCACCACAACUACGUGAAGCAAGCCCAGGCCCAUCUCAAAGCACAAUGGGUUUGAGCGGUCCAGCCUAUCCUCUGUCCAGCACGCCUGCAGCCAGCAGCGUAAGCUCUGGAGGGGGCAAGAUGAAGAGAGAGAGGACCACUGCACGACCUUCCUCUAAACGCCCUGAAGAGGACGAGGUGGCUGAGUUACCGGACCUUCCAGCCAUUUCACUUCCCAUCAGCACCUCCGCCUUGCCCACCUUCAGCUUCACCUCCCCUCUUCCACCUCUCACCACCAUCAGCACCGCCCCCAAUGUCACACCUGUGACUCCCGCUAAGGAAACAGUCCCAAAUAAGGAGCCACCAACAGCCUCGACACCUCCCUGUGUACCCUUUACAUUUUCCUCCCCUAUUGUCAAAGCAACUGCUGCUAGUACACCUUCCUUUUCCCCCUCAGCUGGAUUCACGUUUAGUGUACCUGUAGCAAAGUUAGGUCCCUCCAUGUCAAAUGGUAAGCUGGCCACUCCCAUAGCGGUAACAGCAAAGCCAGCAACAAGCAAAAGCACAGAAGAUUUUGAAGGACCUUUCAAACCAGCCAAGACACUGAAGCAGGGCAGUGUGCUAGAUCUUCUCAAAGCACCAGGCUUUUCCUCUCCCAUUGCUCGGACAUCCCCAGGCCCAGACAACUCUCUGCAGCAGACCUCCGCACAAUCCACCGCCCCUUCUUCCACCACCACAACCACCUCCUUCUCUUCUUCAACGGGGUUUGGCGAUUUUCUGAAAACCCCGCCGGGCUGGAGCUGUGAUGUCUGCAUGGUGCAGAACAAGCUCUCAGACACCAAGUGUGUUUGCUGCAUGGCCACACAGCCCAAUUCCUCCUCACCCAAAUCUAUGGACACUAAACCUUCAACCGCCUCCUCAGUUGGGCUAGGGAGCAACAGUACGAAUACCACCUCCACCACUGGUUUCGGCACAAUGUUCUCCAAACCUACAGGAACUUGGGACUGUGAUACGUGUCUUGUUCUGAACAAACCUGAUGCAGUAAAGUGUGUGGCCUGCGAAACAGCCAAACCAGGGACAGGGCUCAAACCCUCACUGACUCUUCCUUCUGCCUUCUCAGCUGUUAAGACUGUAUCCACCCCCACAGCCCCUGUUUCUACAGGGUUCAUUGGCUUUGGAGACAAGUUCAAAAAACCUGAGGGUGCAUGGGAAUGUGAUACGUGUUUGGUAGAAAACAAGGCAGAGGUCUCUAAGUGUGUGGCCUGCAUGAGCGCUAAACCAGGAGCUUCAGCAGGAGCGUCCUCUUCAGCCAGCAGCACUCCGGUGUUUGGGCUGGGAGACGCGUUCAAGAAGCCAGAGGGUGCCUGGGAUUGUGAUGUGUGUCUUGUACAGAAUAAGGCUGCUGAUGUACAGUGUGUUGCCUGUCAGGCAGCCAAACCCGGAGCAAGUGUGGAGACCAAAGCUUUUGGUUCGUCCUUUGGUUCAUCGGCAGGAGGGACAUCAGGGUCUUCUACAUUCGGCUCUUCUACCUCUGCGUCUGGAGGUUUCAAGUUUGGCACAUCAGACAGUACCUCAGGAUCUGGAGGCUUCAAGUUUGGAGGCUCAUCGUUAGAGUCCUCCUCUUCAUCGUCAGGUGGAUUCAAAUUUGGAGUCCCGUUUGAAACCACUUCUAAAGACACUACUGCUUCUUCAGGGUUCAAAUUCGGCAGCCCAUCUGAAGGCUUUAAAUUCGGGACUGCCUCUAGUGAUGAUACAAAGUCAGACCAACCUGCCACAGGGUCUGGGUUUAAGUUUGGAGCCGCUGGGAUAGUUUUUGGAACUGGAUCAUCUAACACAGAGAGUAACUCCCCUAAGGGCGGCUUCACCUUUGGACUGUCAAAACCCGAAGAGAAAAUAUCAGAUACCACCCCCACCUCAUCCUCUGUUAGUUUCACUCCUGUUUCCUCUCAAGAGAAGACUGACGGCGUGGCAUCGUCAAAUGACACCACAUCAACAAACACCAACUCGAUCACCACCACAGCUACCACUGGGACUGUAUUUGCGAGAUUGGGCAAACCAACGACCACCACACCACAAGGGGGCUCUACAUUUGGAUCCUUACAGGCAGACAAAGAGCCAGCUGCUCCCACGUUUUCCUUUGGGAAGCCAGAGGAAAAGAAGGAAGCUGCCUUCCUCUUCGGGGCUGCUAGUAAAGAUACAGAUGCUGCACCAGCACCAGCCGCUUCAGGAGGCUUUUCCUUCAGCAAGCCCAGUGCUCCAACAGAACAACCUCCACCUGCGUACCCUUUUGGCAAGCAAGCAGACAAGAGUGAAACAUCUACUGCAGAGGCUCAGAAGCCCUCUUUUAGUUUUGGACAAAGUGCUACAGAUUCUUCUGCUGCUCCAAUACCAGCAUUUUCUUUUAUGGCAAGUAAUCCCACCAACUCUACCACCUCGUCCUCCUCGACCCCGACCCCCAGUCUGUUCGGCACCACCACCUCCACCAGCAGCAGCAGUACUCAGGCUCCAGCCCUUUCUGCUGCUCCCAGCACUUUCAUGUUCGGUCAGCCUGCUGCAACCUCCAGUGACGCUCCUCCAGCUAAAGCCUUUGUCUUUGGCCAGAGUCAGGACAGCCAGCCGCCUGCCCCGUCAGCUGCUCCUCUGAACUCUACUCCAGCCCCAGGCCAAGCUCAGCCCUUCAUCUUUGGUGCUCCUGCUGCUGCUGCUUCAGCUCCUGCUGCUGCUGCUGCUGCUCCACCAUCCUUUGGUUUUGGAGCAGCAGCACCCUCUGCUGCCUCAUCUUCAGCUCCAUCUGCAGCUCCAUCCCCGUUUGCAUUCAGCUCGGCCCCCUCUGGUGGAUUCGGGGCCCACCAGACUCCUUCAUUUGGCUCAUCCUUUGGAUCCCCUUUCACAGCCACGCCUUCCCAGACCCCAGCCUUCGGAGUCAAACCCAAUGCUGCCCCUACCUUCGGACAGCAGGCCAACUCCUCACCUGUAUUUGGGGCAGCUACUAAUUCUGCACCAGGUGGAGGCUUUCAGUUUGGUGGAGCCAGUGCAUUCGGAGCGACAAACAACACCUCGGGUGUGUUUACUUUUGGAGCGGGAUCAGCAGCAGCUCCUGCCCCCUCUGCCAACCCCUCCAUUGCACCACAGCCAGGAACACCUGGAGGUGGAUUCAACUUUGCACAACCCCCCGCAUUCAAUAUUGGGUCAGUGAAAUCCUCUCCUGCUGGACAACAACCGAUUGCUGGGCGCAAGAUCAAGACAGCGGUGCGGCGCAGGAAGUAGAGCUGUGUGGACUCGACUAUAAAGUAGACUUGACUUUAACUUGACUGUAUUUCCCCCACCCCACCCCCACCCCAACGUUGUCCUGAAAGGUCUUAACUACACAAACACUGAAAUUACUUGGCCGAGGCUUGGGGGCCAGUUUGUGCUCCGGCUGGACGGGCGGGCGAAUUUUAGCUGUAGGCUGGGCAGAUGAUUCAAGAGGUUUUCACAUGCAGACCGGACCCGUUCAUAUGUGAGACCAUCCCACAGGACUUCCCAUGAAAAAAACUGUUGACUGAACAAUUACACUGACGUAGAAAACAACAAUCAAGCAAGGACACCUGCUGAACAUGAUGGAAAAACAAGCAAGACAUAAGUCAUAUCUAUAUUUUCAACACCGGCAAAUGUCUGCUAGACUUUAGGCAUGACUUUUUGUACUAAAAUUACAA